AAUCUGCGGUGAAACACGGAAAUUUAUAACAUGUCGGGCAAAUUUCUGCUCCAUGUCGUACUUCUGUGCGUGUUGCAUGCGUGUUUUCAAACUGUGGCAUCUGAAGAUGAGGAGUACGACGACGUGACCGUCAGUCAGAUGCUGUCGCCCAAAAAGAACGAGAUGGACGCCACGCAGAUCCUGAACAACCUCCUGAAGGAGUAUGAUAAGAAGCUCCGCCCGGACAUUGGAGUUAAACCGACUGUCAUCGAUGUCGAUAUCUUCAUUAACAGCAUCGGACCCGUCUCAUCCAUAAACAUGGAGUAUCAGAUCGACAUCAUCUUUGCUCAGACGUGGACAGACAGUCGGCUCAGAUACAACAGCACCAUGAAGAUAUUAACUCUAAACAGUAAUAUGGUGGGACUGAUCUGGCUUCCGGACACAAUCUUCAGAAACUCCAAGAACGCAGACUCGCAUUGGAUCACGACACCCAAUCAGCUACUCAGGAUAUGGAAUGAUGGGAAAAUACUUUAUACUCUCAGGCUGACUAUAAACGCUGAGUGUCAGCUGCAGCUCCAUAACUUCCCCAUGGAUGAACACUCCUGCCCACUCAUCUUCUCCAGCUAUGGAUACCCCCGAGAUGAAAUGAUAUACAAGUGGAGGAAGAAUUCAAUAGAAGCAGCAGAUCAGAAAUCCUGGAGACUUUAUCAGUUUGACUUCAUGGGGCUGAGGAACACCACAGAUGUCCUCAAGACCACAUCAGGUGACUAUGUGGUGAUGACAGUUUAUUUUGACUUGAGCAGAAGGAUGGGUUACUUCACCAUCCAGACCUACAUCCCCUGCAUCCUGACCGUCGUCCUCUCCUGGGUCUCCUUCUGGAUUAAAAAAGAUGCAACACCAGCCAGAACUGCUUUAGGAAUAACCACAGUGUUAACCAUGACCACGCUGAGCACAGUGGCCCGGACAUCGCUACCCAGAGUCUCCUACGUCACCGCCAUGGACCUCUUCGUCACCGUCUGUUUCCUCUUUGUGUUUGCGGCUCUCAUGGAGUACGCAACACUCAACUAUUACUCGUACAGUGUUCGCAGGCCGCUCUGUAACAAGACAAAACGACCGAACUACUCUGUGCUGGAUGUAGGACCUCCUCCUACAGUCAUCGCUCUGAACAACUCCAUGUACUGGCAGGAAUUUGAUGAUGCCUGUCUAUACGAGUGCCUGGAUGGGAAAGACUGCCAGAGCUUCUUCUGCUGCUAUGAAGAAUGCAAGGGAGGAGCCUGGAGGAAGGGCAGAGUCCACAUAGACAUUUUGGAACUGGACGCAUACUCGCGCGUAUUCUUUCCCACCUCUUUCUUGUUGUUUAACAUCGUCUACUGGGUAGGCUACCUCUAUCUUUAGCAAUCCACUCGUUUCCUUUUAGAAGACUUCGAGGACGUAAAACAAUGAUGGCACAGAGACUUUCAAAGGUACAGUCAAAAGGAAUGGAAACAGUUUUUGUUUAGUCAAAAGACCUUUCCGGUAGGUUGGGAAACAUAAAAAAAUAACACUUUGCCAUAACAAAGUUACAAGCAGAUACUUUCCAAGCCCUUAAGCUAAGGAGUCCGGCUCUUUCUACACAGUCGGAAGUCCACAGGCUUUUUGUCUGGUAGCAUUUCCCUGCCAGAAGUCUUUGCCUUUGUUCUUCAGGUACCAAGGAAAAAAAAUUCACUUAACACAGAAAUGUGGUGAUUUCAAUGAUGAGAAAGUCACAGUACAAGUGGAUAAAGCUGCUCUGAUGAUGGGAAAGGUGGGAAAACCUUGCAUAGCACAGC